AUGGCGUUCAAACGAGUGCUGUUUAGCAAAAAUGUGUUCGUUCUCCUGUUUGGCAUUUUCACCAGGACCAGUGCUGAUGGCAAUAUCGCUGCUUUGAAGACUGCUGAGCAAAGUAGUGACUAUUUUGACUAUAAAUGGCUGGCAGGAGCAGCUGUGGACGGAUGUGAAACUACAAAUAUAGAGUCUAAUUGUUGUACACACACGAUGACAGAUGGAAGUCCUAAGACUGCUUGGUGGCGUGUCGAUCUUGGACAAAUGAGCAGCAUCAAUACUAUACAAAUAAUCUAUAGAAAUGAGAUUACAAAGGAUAAGGAGAGAACAGCAGGUUACCAGUUAUAUAUAUCCAAUUUUACGGAUUCCCCUACACACGGUGUCCUCUGUUACGAGGAGAGGAGUAUUACUAAAGACACCGUGCAACUGAAAAUAACACACCGGUGCCCGUAUGUAGGUCGGUAUAUUACUGUUUACAACUACAGAAACAAUCCGAAACGGUACGAAUGGUAUGCUGAUGACGCAAUACUAUCAUUGUGUGAGGUAAAAGCGUCUGGAUGUCCAGUUGGCUUUCACGGUGACGGUGACUGUAGUCAAGCGUGCUCAGAUAGCUGUUACGGGGGGAACUGUCACUCAAACACGGGCUUUUGCUUCCGUAAAUUUUCAAAUUGGAAGUAUGGCGAUACAUGUGGUCAAGACUGUUCUGUAAACUGUAAGGACAGGUUGUGUGCUAAGGACACCGGGUACUGUACAGAUUGCAUUAACGGAAAGUACGGUGAUACAUGUGGCCAAGACUGUUCUGUAAACUGUAAGGACAGGUUGUGUGCUAAGGACACCGGGUACUGUACAGAUUGCAUUAACGGGAAGUACGGCGAUACAUGUCCUGAGGACUGUUCUGUAAACUGUAAGGACAGGUUGUGUGCCAAGGACACUGGGUUCUGUACAGAAUGCGUUCCUGGAAAAUACGGCAAUGGAUGUGAACACAACUGCUCCGUAAACUGUAACGAUAUAUUGUGCGAAAAAGAAACCGCAUACUGCAUUGAUUGUGUUCCUGGACGGUAUGGCAGUAUAUGUAAUCAGAAAUGUUCUGACAACUGUAAAGAUAGGUUCUGUGACAAGGUCACUGGAAAUUGUACAGAAUGUACCAAUGGAAAACACGGGGAUGCGUGUGACAUUGACUGCCCGAAGAAUUGUAAAGACAAUGUUUGUAUCCGCAAGACGGGACAUUGUUAUGAUUGCAUUAUCGGAAAGUAUGAUGCGACAUGUGCCUUAACGUGCCCCGUGACUUGUAAAAAUUUCGUUUGUGAUCAACAAACUGGACAAUGUUUAGAAUGUUAUGCGGGAAAGUAUGGAGUUGUGUGUGGUGCAGAUUGUCUGGACACUUGCACUGACAGUACGUGUAACAAAGACGACGGUCAUUGUAUCAGCACUGCCGAUCAUAAGCUAAUCAUAAUAGCUGUUCAAGCCGUCAUUAUUGGUUUACUGAUUGCUGCGUUCAUCACAACGGUAAUAUGUCUACUUCGAAUAAUCCAAAAUAGAAAAAAGUCAUCAGAUAACGACAAAGAAUCAUCCGUUCCGGAUCCAAAUUAUACGUCUCUUUCGAAUGAACAGGAAGGAGCGCCACACGUCUAUGAAAUGAUCGUCAAAUAAUCGGGCUGUCACAUUCCCACAACUGACCGUCAUAUCAGAUUUAUGCUGCACGACUCAUAUCUGUUAAACAAUGUUGUUACCGAAGGGAUGUUAUAGUACAAACUUCACAACAUAAUGCUUUGUAUGAGUUGUCGGUAUAGAAGUUCACAUAAAUAUUUAACCGUAAAUAUAUGGUUUGAUAACACAUAUAUAGCAAUUAUUUACUUGACAGUUUUUGAUCUGAGUAACAUUUUAAAAACAUUUUUUAUCUUUUGUAAAGAGAUUAACACAUUUGCUUAAUAUUCCAUUCAGUAUGUUUGAGAUUGCUGUAUAAAAUAUCUUGUAGGUUGUACUCGGAAGGACUAUUUCAAUCUAUAUUUUCCUAUUUAUCAUAUAUUCACCGAAAAUAGGUAUAAUCUGCCAACACCUUAGUGCCCUUAAAUCAUUUUGGAAUUUUGAGUCGUACCAUCGUAUUUCUAAUGUAAUCUAUACCUUGAUAAAACACAGAAUACAUAGUGUUAUGUAUAGAUGGUGUGUAUUAAUCCAAAUUCAGAUGUGCCGUGUUUACAUGCAUUGUAUCUUAUUGGUUGUUUACAUAAAAAAACUCCUUAUAAUUAUUUGUCACAAUAUGUGUAGAUCGU